AUGCUCUCAUUUUUCUAGGGAAAAACUUUAAUAGCUUUAUACAAAAACCUCAAAACAAAUUUAAUAAUUGGUUUAACAAUCUAAAGAAAACGAAUAAGUUAAAUCUUCUACUAAGAAUUAAAACUUUAUCUUGGGUCACAACAUUUAAUGGAAAAAAAAAGCCUCUAGCUAAACAGACAGUUUGAAGUAUUUGGAUUUUAAGUUUAUAUUAUUUGUUGUUUUCUUGUUUAUAUUGCUUACAGUCUAUCCUUUAUUCAAUUAUGUGUAUGGAGCGAAGUUUAUCAAUCAACUUUUGGAUAUAAUAAAUAUUAUGUAAAGCUUAGAACAAAGUAGAAUAUGCAUUGCCAUAAAUUCUGGAGCUCUAAACCUAAAAGUAUACUCAAUAGCUUCAAAUUAUACAAUUCUUGA